CCAGUGAAAAGAAAUAUGAGUAAUACGCUGGACGUAAUUGUGAGGAAGUGGGACUAGCAGAUGUCAUUUAUUUCGGAGGUACGCCGUCUACUCCAAUGUCCGGUGUGUUUGACGACCAUACGCACAGACUUGGCGACAUGUGAAAACGGCCACGUAGUCUGUGACCUGUGCCUGCCGAAUUUGCGAACAUGUCCAGUAUGCCGCACAAAGAUCUUCGGCUUUCCCUGCAUUCCUUUGCGAGAUAUUUGCAGGCAAAUCCCCCCAACACCUUCGCCUGCCCGUACACCUAAUAUUGCCAAUAGCAUCGGCGCUGGCGCCACAUCAAGAGCGUCUACCAAUCGUGCAUCUGCCGCUUCGUCUCCUAUAGAUGUUCUGCGAGAAAUCGCAGAUUUAGCCUCGAGGCGAAUUACCUUGUAUAGACCAUCUACUCCGCCGGUGCAGCAGUCUCUGGCGGACAAUCGCUCCCAAGGGCGACGCUUCACGGGUCGCGCAGAGCACGUCAACCCGAGAACACCAGUGCGCUCCAGUCCACCAGGCGACGACGCAAGGCCAGUUGUUAUUGUUCGGCAUGCACCACCUUGCUUGUACGGCUCGAGAUGCACAAACCGCUGCCGGCACGUGUGUAGUCGCCGCGUUUCAAUUCUGUGAAACAAAUACUUUUGAACACUAAAAGAUCAACUAAUUUCCCGAUAUUUUUUUUCAAUUCUUGAGAUAUGGAGGGGCAUAUAAUGUCCAAGAACUCUUAAAGAAAGAAAUAAAAAAAAUAAUUUAAAAAUACUAAAGGGAGAUGGCAAUUGUAUCUUAGUCCAGUUAUUCAAUUUUUCGCAUCAAAGUUUGACUUUUAGCAAUUAACAAAAUUUAGACACUCAAUUUAAUGCGUAUAUUUGUUUAUUUUUUGAAAUAUUAACACUAGUUUUAUGAUGAAACAUAGUUUCCCUAAAUUUGUAGAUUUUUUGUUAGUUUUUAACUGGAAUGUCAAAUGAUUUCUUUCCUAGUAUUAAUGAUAAGUUUGUUUAGUUAAAACUUUUUUCCUUAAUUAAAAAUUUCCUAGAAAAUUCUUUAAUUUUUUUUCCCUACCUUUUUCUACCUUCCUCCUUCAAAACAGCGGAUUCUGCCUUUUGUCUCAGUUUUUCUCAAUCCUGAAGAGUGUUUACAACAUGCACGGGGACUCUUCUGGAACUUAAAUUUUAGUUGAAAAACGUUUUAACGUUCUUUAUUAGAAAUAUUCGUAUUUAUGGUAAUUCCCGGGAUAUUCGCCCAAUUUUGAUAAUGACGUGUUGCUUAUAAAGUUUUAUUUAUUUUUUAAACUGAAAUUUUAAUUGCUUUGUGGCUACCCUGGAGCCAGUGUUCCUUCAGAGUGUAUUCAAAACAAAUAUUUGGCUUUCAGUGCUUUCUUUUGAAUAUUAACUCAGCUCCUCCCAACGCCUGUGCCUACCCCUACCCCCACACCUUUUAUUUCAAACACGGACAUAGAGGACCUCUACCAAAUGUACAUAUUCCGCUCCUCCGUUGGAUUUUCUGAGAAGUCGCAGUUGCAUUCUCUAGGGAUGACGACGUUAUAUUAGCCUCUUGCUUCAUUACAACCUCCUCAGGCGAGCGACCAUAGAUUACUCCCAAGGGCGACAUCCUGGUCGCGCCGAAGGCGUAAAUGUGGUAACGCCAUUGCGCUCCACUCCGCCCGGCAACAAUGCGAGGGCAAUUAAUGUUAAACGGACACCACCUUGCAUGUUCGGGAUGAGUUGAAAAAUUAAUAUCUGCGCUGAUGUAGACGCCGCACUUCAGUAAAAUAAAACACAAAUUUUAGCAUGCUAGUAUAUGGUGAACGAGGAUUUUACUUUUGAAAUUUUUCGUAUUUGGAAGGGCAUAUAAACUUUUACAUUUCAUUACAAAAAAUUAUAUUCAUAUUUCGUUUCUGCUCUAAGUUUAGUUUUAAUUAAAUUCUAUGUGACUAACAUUCUAUUUUUCUUUUUUUUUCGUACUAAAAUGUUCAUUACUUUGUGACAAUCUAAAGUUCAUAAUAAAAGUUUAUUUCAACAAU